GAUAAUCCGCAAACUGUUCAGACGUCGAACAAUCGUUUACUGAAGAGGAUAAAACUUUUUAAACAGAUUAAGAAAAAGAAUUUUCACAUAUAAGUAUGACACAAGAAUAUUUGGAAUUUCAAGUGAAAGAACUAUAUAAAUGUGUUCGGUUGUUCAAAGAAGACAUGAAUCUAACAAAAAAUGAAACAAGUGCCUCUUGCCCGCCAAUUUUCGACUCAAUAUUGUGUUGGCCUAGAACAGAAGUUUCACAAAUCGCUAAAUUACCAUGUCCUUCAUAUUUUUUUACAAAACCAAAUCCAAAACCUGCAUUGGCAUUUAGAGAAUGUUUAACAAAUGGUAAAUGGUUUCAAAAUAUAGACGGUGCAUCAUGGGGCAAUUAUUCUCUUUGUAUGUUAUCUGGUGGACAAUUUAUAACCACAUUAACUGAAUUAAACUUUAAGCAAACAGAAUACGAGGAAGAAAUUCUCAAUUCCACCUUAUCGCUUACAUGGUUGCCAAGAAUUAAAGCAGUUUCACAAAUUGGAUAUGCAACUUCCUGUCUAACUUUAAUUAUUGCUUUUAUCAUUUUUUACUUACACAAAAAAUUACAGAAUACACGGAACAGAUUGCAUAUGCACUUAUUUGCAUCAUUUAUUCUGAGGGCAUUCAUGGCUCUUUUGAAGAAUUGGCUUUUUGUUGAAGGAACAGGACUCCCUGAGGAUAUUUUUUUAAAUGAUGGACAGAAAGUGUUCAUUGUUCAAAGCAAUCCAUCGUUUUGCAAGACAAUUACAAGCAUUUGGCAAUAUUGCAUUUUGGCAAAUAACACGUGGAUAUUAAUGGAAGGAUUAUUUUUACAUAGAUUGAUAUUUUCGACACUCUCUGCAGAUAAAAACACAAUCACACUUUAUGUUGUAAUAGGCUGGGGGUUACCAGUAAUGAUUAUUAUUCCCUGGAUAAUUGCCCGAAUAAUAUUUGAGGAUGUUUUAUGUUGGACAACUAAUAAUAAUUCUCACUCUUUUCUCAUUAUAAGUAUUCCCACUGAAAUAUUAAUUUUAUUCAAUUUUUUUCUCUUCCUGAGUAUCGUACGAGUACUUUUUAUUAAAUUUAAAACAUCCGUUAUUCUUCAGAGAAAGAAAAUGCAAUAUAGAAAAUGGGCUCGAUCAACUUUAAUAUUAAUUCCAUUAUUAGGAAUACAUCAUAGCUUAUUUAUUGGAUUGUCUUUUUGCAAGGAUUAUCGAGUGGAAUUAAUGUGGCUUUUCUUCGAUCUACUUUUUGCAUCUUUUCAAGGCUGCUUUAUAGCGAUUCUUUACUGUUUUCUAAACAAUGAAGUAAAAACAGAAGUUAUUCGAUCUUGGAAAGUUCGGAAGUCGAAAAAAUUUGUAAAACCAGUGACAAAAUAAUAUCAACAAUUUUAAAAGUGAAACAACUAUAAGAAUGAAAUACCUUCAUGUAAAAGAAAUUUGUGGGUGGAAAUUGAAAAUUUUUCCUUUCUAUUUUUGCUUUCUUUUAAUGAAUAAUAUAUAUUAGCAUAUGUAACAUUUUUUUUAAAAAUUUAAUUAAAUCUAUUUAUAAAAAAUUAAUAUCUUCAAAAAUUUUACUAUAAAAUCAUAAGACAUAUAUGUACUUUUGUAAGACUGAAAAAUAAAUCUAUCUAUAAUUUUUUACA